AUGCUAGGAUCACUCGCCAGCCGCUGGCAGGCGACGGGCGACCAGCAAAAGACUGCCCCAACCUGGUUCGACCGUCACCUGUUCCCCGUCCUGCUCUCGGUAGCCAAGAAGGCAUGCACGCAUCCCAUCCACACCAUUGUCACCAUUGCCGUCCUCGCCAGCUACUCAUACCUCGGCGUCUUGGACAGGGGACUCUUGGAGAGCGGCAUCGAGGAUGUCUCCAACAAUGUCGACUUCCAGUCCCUUUUGGCGGGCAGUAAGACACUGAGGGUUGGAGAAGAAACAUCAUGGCAGUGGGAGGCCUCGGACGCCAGAGGCAGUGCUGCCGACAACGCCCAGGUAUGUCCCACUCACUCGCAUCUCUCCAAACCUCAUGAGCUCACAUGCCCGCCUGCACAGGAGCUCGCCCUUGUCACCCUCGUCUUCCCUUCGUCCAGCACCCUCAACUCGGCCCCCUCGCAACAAUCCGUCCCUCAGAAUGUGUCCGCACAGCUCCUUCCCAGCUCCUACAGCUCCUUCUCCACUCUUUCCCACGACACCUCGCUCGCAUACGCCAUGCCAUACGAUGAGGCUGCCAAAUUCCUCGAGGCCAUGCAAGAGAUCCCCGCACCAGAGGAUAUCACCCAAGCCCAGAGCUCUGCGCAUGAAGGCUCCCGCGAGCAGAAGAAGUGGAUGAUGCAUGCCUCCAAGCACGGCAAUGCCCCUUCAGGAAUUCGCAACUCGAUCAUCGACUCUUGGACCUCAUUCCUUGACCUACUCAAGAAUGCCGACACUGGUGACAUUGUCAUCAUGGCCAUGGGAUACCUUGCCAUGCACCUGACGUUCGUGUCCCUCUUCCUCGCCAUGAGGCGACUGGGUUCCAACUUUUGGCUGGCUGCUGCUGUUCUAUUGCAAUCCGCCUUUGCCUUCCUCUUUGCCCUCGCUGUGACGACUUACUUCGGUGUCUCUAUCAACUUGAUCCUUCUUUCCGAAGGACUUCCCUUCCUAGUUGUCAUCAUCGGAUUUGAAAAGCCCAUCGUUCUCACAAAGGCUGUCUUGUCUGCCUCCUUGGACGGCCGACGAGCCGCCGAGGAGAAGCGAGGCGAGCCUGUAACGAUUCAAUCCGCCGUGCAAACAGCUAUCAAGAAGACUGGCUUCGAGGUUGUCCGUGAUUACUUCUUUGAGAUUCUGGUUCUCGUUGCAGGCGCCUUGUCUGGAAUCCAAGGUGGUCUACGCCAGUUCUGUUUCCUAGGUGCCUGGAUUCUCUUCUUCGAUGCCCUCAUGCUUCUGACCUUCUACACGUCUAUUCUUACCGUCAAACUUGAGAUCAACCGAAUCAAGCGUCAUGUUGCUCUUCGCCGUGCUCUCGAAGACGACGGCAUUGACGGCAAGGUCGCUGAGAGCGUUGCUGCGAGCAACGACUGGCCUAGUGCUCGUGACGUGCAGUUCAGCAGCAACAGCACGACUGUCUUUGGAAAGAAGAUCACUGUCCCCAAGUUUAAGAUUUUUAUGGUCGCUGGAUUUUUCCUUGUCAACAUCCUCAAUGUUACCACCCUCAAGUUUGGCCUUGCACCUUGCAAGUCCUAUUUUGUCUCUGUUGUUGGUUCUACCCCUCCACUAGAUCCUUUCAAGGUUGCUGGAAGUGGUUUGGAUCACAUCUUUGAGCAGGCAAAGGAAGCCGCAACAUCGACCAUUGUUACUGUUCUCAUGCCGAUCAAGUACGAGCUCGAGUUCCCUUCGAUUCACUACGCCGGGCCUUCUCUUUCCAACUCAGACCAUGCCUUUGGCACUAACAUUAGCACCCACAUUGUCGAUGGCGUGCUCAAGAGUCUGGAAGAUCCAUUCCUUAGCAAGUGGAUCGUACUUGCGCUUGUCAUGAGCGUGGUCCUCAACGGUUACCUCUUCAAUGCUGCUCGAUGGACAAUCAAAGAGCCGCACAAGCCACUGGAUCCUCCUUCUCCCUCCGAAGUCCUAGACGGAGCCCCCACUGUCCCCGGAACCCCUCGCAUUCCAUCCAUGCACAUGCCUACGCCGCCCCGUACCCCCGGCCCAGAUGAACAAGCCAAAUGUCUGCAGCCGCUUACACAAGUCCAGCCAAGACCCCAGCCAGAGAUUCCAGCAGGCCCAACGGAAGAGCAGCAACGCCAGCCUAACCGCGCUUACGAGGUUCUUGAGCAAAUGAUCAAGGAGAAACAGGCCCCUAAGAUGACCGAUGAGGAACUGAUUGAGAUGUCGCUAAGGGGUAAGAUCCCAGGUUACGCACUGGAGAAGACUCUUGGCGAUAAGACUCGCGCUGUCAAGAUUCGCCGAGGUCUCGUUUCCCGAACACACGCUACACGAGAAACAUCAACUCUGCUGGAACGCUCACUUCUGCCAUACAAGGACUACAACUACGAUCUUGUCCAUGGCGCAUGCUGUGAAAACGUUGUUGGUUAUCUCCCUCUCCCCCUUGGUGUUGCCGGCCCAAUGCUCAUCGACGGCCAAAAUUACUUCCUCCCCAUGGCAACUACUGAAGGUGUCCUUGUCGCUUCAACUUCGCGCGGUGCAAAGGCUAUCAACGCUGGUGGCGGUGCCGUUACUGUUAUCACUGGCGAUGGCAUGACUCGUGGACCCUGUAUUGGAUUCGACAGCCUCGUACGCGCAGGUGCUGCCAAGAUCUGGCUUGACUCAGAAGAAGGCCAGAGGACCAUGAAGGACGCUUUCAACUCUACUUCUCGCUUCGCCAGGCUGCAAUCGAUGAAAUCUGCUAUUGCCGGAACCAACAUCUACGUUCGCUUCAGGGCUACGACUGGCGAUGCCAUGGGCAUGAACAUGAUUUCCAAGGGUGUUGAGCAUGCUCUGAACGUCAUGGCCAAUGACUGCGGCUUCGAAGACAUGCGUGUGGUCGCUGUUUCUGGUAACUACUGUACCGACAAGAAGUCUGCUGCCAUCAACUGGAUCGACGGCCGUGGCAAGGGUGUUGUUGCCGAAGCCAUGAUUCCCGGUUCCGUUGUCCGAUCAGUCCUCAAGUGUGAAGUCGAUGAUCUUGUCCAGAUGAACAUUUCCAAAAACUUUAUCGGCUCAGCCAUGGCGGGUGCUAUGGGUGGAUUCAACGCGCACGCUGCCAAUAUCGUUGCUGCGGUCUUCUUGGCUACCGGUCAAGAUCCUGCCCAGGUUGUUGAAAGUGCCAACUGCAUUACCAUCAUGAACAAUGUCAACGGCAACCUCCAGAUUUCGGUUUCUAUGCCUUCGAUAGAAGUCGGCACCAUUGGUGGCGGAACCAUUCUUGAGCCCCAGUCUGCCAUGCUCGACCUGCUCGGCGUACGGGGUGCCCACCCAACCUCUCCCGGUGACAAUGCUCGCCAGCUCGCUCGCGUCAUUGCCGCCGGUGUGCUUGCGGGCGAACUGUCGCUUAACAGUGCGCUGUGCGCUGGCCACCUGGUCAAGGCGCACAUGGCACACAACAGGAGUAACGUUCCCUCCCGAGCGCCCACACCCGGCACCAUGACGCCCGUUGCGUCAGGUACUGGACUGAGCCUGAUGAAUGCAGCUGCGGGAAUUGUGCCCAAGCGAUAG